UUUUAUAGGUUUUCGUGACGUUUUUGAUUUAAUUAAAUGAAACUUAUAUUUAUAUUUAAUCGGAGAGUGUCACCACCAAGGGCGUUGAGCAAGAUUAAUUAAUGUGGAUACUGCCGCAAGUUGGAAUGGUGGCGAGUCACCUCUUGUUUGUCACGCGUCUGUUAACUCGCAUAUAUGGAUCAUGAUAACUUAACGUACUUGAGACUUGACAGCAGUGAUGAAAGGUUCGUAUAUAUGGUUCUGAAUUAAGAUUCUUGAGUGUUAAUGACAUGGCUCAAGCAUUAGGUUAAUUAGAAAAAGGUUAGUUGCGUUUGAUCAAGUGUGGAUAACCUUAUAAAGGUUUUGCAUAUGUAAAUAUUGGAACAAGAGAAGUUUGAAUAAAUCCAUAUUUGGAUAAACAUUGAAGGAUUAAUUUAUGGUUUGGCUACGCGUUGGUGAAGGUUUAUCCAGUAAGACUUUAAUGGCGAAUGAUAAAGAAUGGAUGAAAAGCAAGAGAAUGUGAAAGUGAAAAUGACUUAGGACUUAAUUAGGAGUGGUUACUUUUCCGUGACAAACAUAAUGCAUGUGGCUACUUAUCAAAUAUGAAUUGUGCAAAAACUUGGUGACGAUGUUGCAAUUAAGUGAGUUAAAUGAUCUUUGGAAUAGAGUUGCUCUAUGGUGGGGUGUUCAUGUUCCUCAACAUCUUUCCAUAGAUUCGUUAUUGUUUUGGUCUAAUUCGUUCUCUUGGAGAAGUGGUCAAUGGAAAGAGUUUGACGCGGUGAUUAUGACGACGUUAUGGUGUAUAUGGAAUUUCCGGAAUUCCAUUCUUUUUGGAAUGGAGUUGCCUAUGAAAUCAGUAAUUUUUGAUGACACGGUCAAAAAUUCUUAUUUUUGGGUUGUUAAUAGGUGUAGCAAACCUAAUAUACGAUUGACUAAUUGGCUUCAUAAUCUUGUUUCUACUUGUAAGUUAUUGUAAUGUUCUUUUUCUAGCUUCUUGCUAGUUUUUUAAUAAAAUUGUUGUCGUUCCAAAAAAAACAACGAUGCUUAUUAAUCUAUAAACAAA